UGAAUUUUUCAUAAUAUAUGGAUGAAAUUUAUCAAUGAACUGAUAGCGAAAUACACCCGUACAUAGGUAAAGCUUCGCUAGCUCAUUACGCUCGCGUUAAUACAAACAGGUAAAGGUUAAGCAAAAACGAUUGGGUAUUGACGACAAAUUAUUUUACAAAAACGCUAAAAUGCAACAUUCCAGUUUGCCAAUGAAACAGUUAUUAGGACGCGGCACGUCGGGGUAGAACGUUCAAUUGUAGAGUUAUGUGCGACUUUUGCUUACCAACCAAAUGUGUUAAAUGCUAACAAAAUGGUCGUAACGUGUGAAAUUGAGUUUGAUAUUAAUCCAUUUGGCACCUUUUAUGCUGGUCAAGUGUUAACGGGCAGAGUUACAUUGCAAGCGGAUAAACCAAAACAAGUGAAAGGAAUUGUAUUAAAAAUCACCGGAUGUGCAGAUACAAGUUGGAAAGAGAGCACAAACAGAACAAAGACCGAUGCAAAAGGACAUUCAAAAACUGAAACGGAAACAACACACUAUCGUGGCCAUGAGGACUACAUUCAUUCUAAAACUUAUUUGCUGAGCUCAAGUGAAAAUCAGUCCGCUGUUAUUGAACCGGGCAUACAUACUUACACUUUUGCUUGUCAUUUACCCCAAACCUGCCCCACAUCCUUUGAAGGCAUCUAUGGACACAUACGGUACCUGAUAAAAGUGGAGCUCGUACGACCAUGGAAAUUUAAUCAAAAUUUUACAAGAGGCUUUACGGUUUUAAAAGUCAUGGAUUUGAACUAUGAUAGCCCUUUGCUACGGGUACCUUGCAAAUCCGAGGCCACGAAGAUCUUCUGUUGCGGUCCGUGUAAAUCACAACCGUUAGACAUUCAAGUCUCUCUACCGCAAACUGGUUACGUACCUGGGCAAACCAUACCUAUUAAUGUACUCGUAUCAAACGAAACGAACGUAAAGGUUGAAGAGCUGAAAUUGGAAUUGGUAAUGCUCAUUUGUUAUUACAGUCAAACUCCAUUGACACGCACGAAGAAUGAACGAAUUGUUGUGACCAAAAUGAAGGGUGAUGGUGUGCCCGUGCACUGCAAGAAACAAUUUAUUUAUCCCUUGGUCGUGCCUGCAACACCACCUACUUGUUUCAAUCUCUGCCGCAUCAUACAGAUUGCCUAUCAAAUUGAAGUUGCAGCAAAAGUUAAGGGCUGGCAUGCCAAUCAAACAAUUUGUACAGCGGUAACAAUUGGUAAUGUACCGUUACUAGGCGUCAUACAAAGCCAACCAACGGCAAAGUCGAGCAUGAGCAAUGGUGCCGUGCCACGAUCCUUGGAGUUUAAUGACGCUAGCUCCAGCUCCAACACUGAUAUUAAGGAGAAUAAAUCAAACACUGCCGAUAAUCUGAAGUCUGCUAAUUUAGAGAACGCCAUACAAGUCGGCAGUGUUGAGGGAACAAGCAGUGCCAUUAUGAUAGAUACACCACCUAGCCCGUGGGCAGCUGAUGCUAAUAUACCGCCACCAUCUUAUGAAGCUGCUGUGCAUAUGAAGAAAGCAAAGCUCUCCCCCAGCGAAGGUCAGGAAUAUGGAGAAACAGAAUUCACACCUCGGUAUCCAGUCUUCCAUAUCAGAAGUCUUAGUACGUCUGGCGUAGAUGAAGUUGAUGUACCAACGGUUGCUGGUACAGCGGUCAAUGGUGUGAGCGAUGUAACUGGUGCUACUAAUAAUAACACGCCGGAAAAGAGUACUUGGCUUUGAGCUCAAUGUGUAUUAAAAUCAAAUGUUUGAAUAAAAAUAAAUAUGAACUAAUAUUUA